AUGGUCCUUCUGUUGAUCCUGUCAGUCCUACUUUUGAAAGAAGAUGUCCGAGGGAGUGCACAGUCCAGUGAGAGGAGGGUGGUGGCUCACAUGCCAGGUGACAUCAUUAUUGGAGCUCUCUUUUCUGUCCACCACCAACCAACUGUGGACAAAGUUCAUGAGAGGAAAUGUGGGGCAGUCCGUGAGCAGUAUGGCAUUCAGAGAGUGGAGGCCAUGCUGCAUACCUUGGAAAGGAUCAAUUCAGACCCCAAUCUCUUGCCCAACAUCACACUUGGCUGUGAGAUAAGAGAUUCCUGCUGGCAUUCAGCUGUGGCCCUAGAGCAAAGCAUUGAAUUUAUAAGGGAUUCACUCAUCUCUUCAGAAGAGGAAGAGGGCUUGGUCCGCUGUGUGGAUGGCUCUUCUUCCUUCCGCUCCAAGAAACCCAUAGUGGGAGUCAUCGGUCCUGGCUCCAGCUCUGUGGCCAUACAAGUCCAGAAUUUGCUCCAACUUUUCAACAUACCUCAGAUUGCUUACUCUGCAACCAGCAUGGAUCUGAGUGACAAGACUCUAUUCAAGUAUUUCAUGAGGGUUGUACCUUCAGAUGCCCAGCAGGCACGAGCCAUGGUGGACAUAGUGAAGAGAUAUAACUGGACCUAUGUCUCAGCUGUGCACACAGAAGGCAACUAUGGAGAAAGUGGGAUGGAGGCUUUCAAAGAUAUGUCAGCCAAGGAAGGGAUUUGCAUCGCCCACUCUUACAAAAUCUACAGCAAUGCUGGGGAGCAGAGCUUCGACAAGUUGUUGAAGAAGCUCAGAAGUCACUUGCCCAAGGCCCGGGUGGUAGCCUGCUUCUGUGAAGGCAUGACAGUGAGAGGUCUGUUGAUGGCCAUGAGACGCUUGGGUCUAGCAGGAGAGUUUCUGCUUUUGGGCAGUGACGGCUGGGCUGACAGGUAUGACGUGACAGAUGGGUAUCAGCGAGAAGCUGUCGGUGGAAUUACCAUCAAGCUCCAGUCUCCCGAUGUCAAGUGGUUUGAUGAUUAUUAUCUGAAACUCCGGCCAGAAACAAACCUCAGAAACCCUUGGUUUCAAGAAUUUUGGCAGCACCGCUUUCAGUGCCGGCUGGAAGGGUUUGCGCAGGAGAACAGCAAGUACAACAAGACUUGCAACAGUUCUCUGACUCUAAGAACACAUCAUGUUCAAGAUUCCAAAAUGGGAUUUGUGAUCAAUGCAAUCUACUCUAUGGCUUAUGGGCUCCACAACAUGCAGAUGUCCCUGUGCCCAGGCUAUGCAGGGCUCUGUGAUGCAAUGAAGCCAAUUGAUGGGCGGAAACUAUUGGACUCCCUGAUGAAAACCAAUUUUACUGGAGUUUCUGGAGAUAUGAUCCUGUUUGAUGAAAAUGGAGACUCUCCAGGAAGGUAUGAAAUAAUGAAUUUCAAGGAAAUGGGAAAAGAUUAUUUUGACUACAUCAAUGUUGGAAGUUGGGACAAUGGGGAAUUAAAAAUGGAUGAUGAUGAAGUAUGGUCCAAGAAAAAUCACAUCAUCAGAUCGGUGUGCAGUGAACCAUGUGAAAAAGGCCAGAUAAAGGUGAUCCGGAAGGGAGAAGUCAGCUGCUGUUGGACCUGCACACCUUGUAAAGAGAAUGAGUACGUGUUUGAUGAGUACACCUGCAAGGCGUGCCAGCUGGGGUCCUGGCCCACUGACGACCUGACAGGUUGUGAUUUGAUCCCAGUACAGUAUCUUCGCUGGGGUGACCCUGAGCCCAUUGCAGCUGUGGUCUUCGCCUGUCUCGGCCUGCUGGCCACCCUGUUUGUUACUGUGAUUUUCAUCAUUUAUCGGGAUACUCCAGUGGUCAAGUCCUCCAGCAGAGAGCUCUGCUACAUUAUCCUUGCCGGCAUCUGCCUGGGCUACUUAUGCACUUUCUGCCUCAUUGCAAAGCCCAAGCAGAUUUACUGCUAUCUCCAGAGAAUUGGCAUCGGUCUCUCUCCAGCCAUGAGCUAUUCAGCCCUCGUAACCAAGACCAACCGUAUUGCGAGGAUCCUAGCUGGCAGCAAGAAGAAGAUCUGUACCAAAAAGCCCAGAUUCAUGAGUGCCUGUGCUCAGUUAGUGAUUGCCUUCAUUCUCAUCUGUAUCCAGCUGGGCAUUAUUGUGGCCCUGUUUAUCAUGGAGCCUCCGGAUAUAAUGCAUGACUACCCAAGCAUUCGAGAAGUCUACUUGAUUUGUAACACCACCAAUCUAGGGGUUGUCACUCCUCUUGGAUACAAUGGAUUGUUGAUUUUGAGCUGCACGUUCUACGCUUUCAAGACCAGAAAUGUUCCUGCUAACUUUAACGAGGCCAAGUAUAUCGCCUUCACCAUGUACACAACCUGCAUCAUAUGGCUGGCCUUCGUGCCUAUCUACUUUGGCAGCAACUACAAAAUCAUCACCAUGUGUUUCUCAGUCAGCCUCAGUGCUACGGUGGCUCUGGGCUGCAUGUUUGUGCCGAAGGUGUACAUCAUCCUAGCCAAACCGGAGAGAAAUGUGCGCAGCGCCUUUACAACAUCUACAGUGGUGCGCAUGCAUGUAGGGGAUGGCAAGUCAUCCUCUGCUGCCAGCAGAUCCAGCAGCCUAGUCAAUCUGUGGAAAAGGAGGGGCUCCUCUGGGGAAACGCUAAGGUACAAAGACAGGAGACUGGCCCAGCACAAGUCGGAAAUAGAGUGUUUCACCCCCAAAGGGAGUAUGGGGAAUGGUGGGAGAGCAACAAUGAGCAGCUCCAACGGAAAAUCCGUGACAUGGGCCCAGAACGAAAAGAGCAGCCGAGGGCAGCACCUGUGGCAGCGGCUGUCCGUUCACAUCAACAAGAAGGAGAAUCCCAAUCAGACAGCGGUCAUCAAACCAUUCCCCAAGAGCACAGAGAGCCGCGGGCCGGGUGCAGGGGCGGGUAGCUCGGGCCCCCCCGGGGCGGCGGGCGCUGGUGGCUCGGGAUGCGCGGUGGCAAGUGGCCCAGAGCCUCCUGAUGCGGGCACCAAGGCGUUGUACGACGUGGUGGAGGCAGAGGAGCGUUUCCCAGCAGCUGCCAGGCCGCGCUCUCCUUCGCCCAUCAGCACGCUGAGCCACCUCGCCGGCUCGGCGGGCCGCACAGACGACGACGCGCCGUCUCUGCACUCGGAGACGGCGGCGCGCAGCAGCUCGUCCCAGGGCUCGCUCAUGGAGCAGAUCAGCAGCGUGGUGACGCGUUUCACCGCCAACAUCACGGAGCUCAACUCCAUGAUGCUGUCCACCGCGGCGGCGCCCGGGCCAGCCGGUGCCCCUAUCUGCUCGUCCUACCUGAUCCCCAAAGAGAUCCAGCUGCCCACUACCAUGACGACUUUCGCGGAUAUCCAGCCACUGCCGGCCAUCGAGGUGACCGGAGGAGCUCAGCAGAUGGCAGGGGCGUCACCUGCCCAGGAGACUCCUGCAGGAGCCGAGGCUGCACCAGGCAAACCCGACCUGGAAGAGCUGGUAGCCCUCACUCCGCCAUCUCCCUUCAGGGACUCGGUGGACUCUGGGAGCACCACCCCAAACUCGCCGGUCUCUGAGUCAGCCCUCUGCAUCCCAUCGUCUCCCAAAUAUGACACUCUCAUCAUCAGAGAUUACACGCAGAGUUCCUCGUCGUUGUGAGCCACUGGAAACUUCUCUGGAAUCGGCAUGAGCAGCAGGAGACCUCGGUGUUCACACAUGGGCGCAGCGACACCCAUAAUCACCCCAACAGAGAACCUGAGGUGAACGAUGCCAAGGGCACACACCGUGGAGAUACGAGAUCAAUAGUGCUAUUUCACAACAGCCGAUGACGACACCAACUACACAUCUUCUGGCAGAUUAUCUUCUAGUGGCCUUAGAA